ACAAACUCAAUAAUGAAGUAGGACGAGCACCUAGUGAUCUUGAUGAAGCACUCAUAAUUUCUCAGGAUGUGAUUAAAAUUCCUGAGGCUAGUUCUGAAAACAUAAGAUCAGCAUCUUGCGUCUUAUCAAAGCAACCGCAAGUUAAUGCAUCUAAAUUAGCAUGUAAUCUUGAAAACGUGAAGAUUCUUCAUGAUUGA